AUGCAGAGCUGUCAGAGUCAUGUGGGACUGAAGAGGGCUCUUCAGAGGGUGCUGAAUCAGAAAGGGAACGUACCCAAGGUGCCAGGACAGAAAACCACCCCUGUAGUGAUUGAGAAUGAUGCUGUCAACACCAGUGAUGAAGAACACGAAGAGCUUCCGUAUGAUGGUGCACACAGCAACUACAAAACAAAGAUGAAUUUAAAAGCAUCUUCAGGUGAAAUGGCUACUGAGAUGCCUGCUGAGCACUUCUCUACUCUUGAUAAGUUAAGUAUGCAAAUUGGUACUACAGAACAAACAGAGGAUUGCCAAUCUAAUCUCACUCACUGUCUUCUAUCCAAUCAAAAAGCAAUAAAGAAUGUGGCUCCACCUGUAGCCACACCCAUUCAACCUGCAGACCACAUCAGUGACUUCCUGCUCAGACACUUUUCCAAGGAGGAGCUGCUUAACUCAAGCAGGAUCAUUGACGCUGAGACCCUACCCGAGAUGUCCUUGAUGGACAGCAUUGAUGAAACUGUGCAUUCUCAAGCUCCACAGAUCUUCAUAGGAGAGAGUGAAAAGAUUCAGGAUGUGAUAGAGGAGCUUGGUCAAAGCCAUGGAUUGGCUGAACUAAAUGUUUCAAACGAGUCAAGCUCAUCUAAGGAACCUGAGUCGACUUGCAUCAGUGAUGCUGCAUCUGCUGGGGAUGACGAUGAUAAUAAAGAGUGUCCUAAGCAGAACCGCAGUGCUAACUCUUUAGAUCUGUCAGAAGCAGAUGUACAGAAACCUAAGUGCUCCUUCGGCAGGACCAGGUCCUAUAGUGAGCUGAAAUACGGACAAGGAAAGGUGCAUUACCCGCUACCUGACUUCUCUAAAGUGGCACCUAAAGUCAAAAUACCUAAAGGUAAUGGAGGCUUUAAACCCAUCAGCCCGUCACCAGCUAUGGUCAGAGCUCAGUCGUCCCCAGGCAUUCUGGCUAAAACAGCCUCAUCUUGUAAACCAACAGCAGAUAUCAUCAGCAGGGUUUUAGAGGACUCAAUUAUGCCACCGGAGAAUGUGUUCGCAGACAAGGAAGUAGCACACCAGUUACAGGUUGAAUAUGACAGAUUGCUUGCUAAAUAUACAGAAUCUGAAAACCUAAUUGGUCAGCAGUUUCAUGCUUCCAGUGAGCCUUCUGUGACCAUCGACUGGAAUGAUGCAACUAGCAACAAUGAAAACACCAAACUGACAGCAACUAACCCACAAGCACCAGCCGCAGGUCCAAGUGAGAAGCAGUUUAGCCUGCAGAACUCUCAACCUGUGGAGACUGAAUCACAGAGCCUGACAGAUGGAGAGAGACUGACCUCUGAGCUCAGAGACAUCAUCAGAUCAUUUAUGGAGAAGGUGGAUGAAUUCAAAACGUGCGUCUCCGCCAUGUCAAUGAAUAAAGAGGAGCAACAAAUGGUGUUAAAGAGCAUGAUGGAGGCCCAGGAUCAGCUGGAGAGGAAUUACCUCACAAAGAGGGAGGAGCAUCGAGCUCUGGAAAUGCAGAACUACAGGGGUUUAACCAGAAACACAGGAGAGUUUGACCCUGACAGGGAGGUCGAGGGCCAGAUUUUCAGGAUAGGCAUGCACUUGGAGGACAUUAAAGAGCAGAUUGACAGAAAUGUGUGCCAUGUUUUCUAUCCUCCUUCAUAUUCCACUCCCUCUCCUCCACCUUGUGAAGAUAUCCGUGUCUCAUCACCCCAUCCAUCACUGCAUGAGGAGUCAGUCUUCAGCAUCUCCCCUGUUAGACACAACACUGAGGACAACGAUGAUGAAGAGACCACUGAAGAUCACACAGCUGAUGGGUUAUUUCCCAGCAGAACAGAAAACAGCUUCUAUCUACAGUAUUCCACCUUCUCCACUGAAACAGCUGGCACUGCCAAUGUGGAACAGGAGAACAGACUGACAACAGGAGAGGACCAACACUAUGAGGAUGUCCUGGCACAAGCAUCCUCUUCAACUUUAUUAAAGCAGCUGACACAUGAUAGGCAUGAAGAGAAGAUCAGACAUCGUGAAGCCGCUUCCACUUCUGUAGAACCGUCUCCUUGGAACUCUCCUCAGACAGCCACAGAAAAAACACAGAGCUUUUUCAGUCCGGAAACUGACAGUGCCUUUGGUAGUUUUGACCUAAGCCGGCCAAGCACAGGACUGUCCCAAACACCUUCUGGUGCUGUGAGUUCUGCACUCUCUGACAAUGUCAUCAGCAUAGCGAAUACUAGUGGUUCAGACAGUGAAGCCUCCCGCUCCAAUGUACGAACUACUAUAUCAGUGGCACCACGACCUGUCCAGCCCGCAGUGAACCACCUGGAAUAUGGACAGAUAGUAACACAAAUCAUGGAAGUUAGAGCUCCAAAAGAAGAUGAUACGUCAGUUGGUGCCACGCAUAACCAGGCGACUGAAAGAAUAAGAGACGAUCCGCUGGGAAAGAGCCGUUCUGCGCAUGAGAUGCACACGGCAUCACACUGCUCAUGCCACAACAGUGAGGUUAUUCUUGAGCUGCAGUAUGAGGUUUCGCGCCUCAAGAGGGCGCUAGAGGAAAGCCUUGGUCACCUGCCUCAUGAUAGCAAGAAGACUGAUUAUCUGAAUGGCAGGUAUCCACUGGAGAGGAAGCACAAGGGACAGACCCGUAGCCAGAACAGAGGCUCCUCUAGCAGACGCGUGAAGCCAGACUCAAACCUUCAGACGAUUGAGGACUGGAUCUCUUCUGAUAUGGAGCUCAGCAAGAGCAAAGUCACUGAAGGAGAGGAUUCUGAUCGCACCAUCAGUUUACAGAGAGCCUUCAGUCCAUCUCAUGGACUUAUAUGCACCAGAUUCAGUGCUGACAAGGGGUCACAUGAUUCCAGAACCUCAUCCAAAACCUCAGUAGAGAGCUUUCCUAUGGACACAUCUCAGUUUAUCCUGUCUGGUAGCCGUCGGAAAGCUAGCAUUGGGCCAGCAAACCACAGCACUGACACCGAGCCAACCAACAAAAGUGCCAGCUACAGACCUGCAACGGGAAACUUCUUAAACAGCACAAAACUUGCCCCUUCUAUUCCUGUUCAUCCUUCCCAUAAGCCAUUGCUGCAAGUCAACUAUGGCUCCUCUUGCAGUCUACCUGCUGGAUUUAAAGUGCGAGAUCAAACAUCAGAACCAGUGUCCACUAAGAGGCGCUCGACUCAGUCUGACUCAGCACUGCUUCCCAGUAAUGUCUUCUUUCAACGGACCUCACCGAGGACCAGUGGAAGACGACACCGCACCAGCAGAGAGGAAUCGAUCCAUAAGACACUGGACAAGGCCUUGCAGGCAGCUUUUCUAAUGAAGCAGACCACAGACAGGAUGGCAGACGCUCUCUCUGCUGACCUGGCCAAAGCUCAGCUCCAGAGGAAGUUACUGGGCCUAAAUCCUCUCAGCAGCAGAGCUGGCAGUUAGCUGUGCUGUAAUAAAAUAAUUUUGUGCAUCAUCUGUUUAAUAGUGUUUGGGGUUUUGCAAUGUCAAAUAUUAAAGCUGACUUGAAAGCUUGUCUUUUGUAAUAUUUGUAAUAAUGAUCACUACCAAUCGGGAGCAGAAUAAGUCCUCUUAAUAUAGCCAAAAUAUUUGGAAUAACACAAAAUUGUGAUGCAAUUAUAAAUACCAGAUUAGAACAAUACCAG